AUGGCAUCAGGUUCAUCGCCACCAACGCAGAUGCUCUAUGCAUGUAUAGCCCACGAGACCACGAUACUGACAGAGCACACGUCGCCUGGGACCUCCGCAGCCUCCGCAUGCUCGCUGGCCUCGGUCAUCCUGCCUAAGAUAUCCCACUCGACACCAGCGAAGCUUACCUAUACGCACGACAAGCUCUUCGUACACUACAUCGCAGACUCGCCGUCCUCAUCGUCAAACGCCCCAGAUGAACAAAUCAGCAGUCACGCUGCUGUCACAUACUUGGUGGUCGCACAGGCUGAACUUGGAAGACGGGUGCCGUUUGCCUUCCUGCUCGAUAUGAAGAAGAAAUUCCUGGACAAAUACCCGCCAGAAGACACCAACUUCCAGUCUCUGCCGGCAUACGGGUCUGCGGCGUUCAACACCCAACUGAAGUCGAUGCUGCAGCAGUACAACGUGGGACCGCCCAGCGAUUCGUUGACGAAUGCUCGUCGUGAGAUUGACAGUGUCAAAGAUAUCAUGACGGAGAAUAUCGAGCGCGUACUGGAACGUGGCGAACGGAUUGACCUCCUUGUCGACAAGACCGACCGACUAGGAGGCAGUGCUCGAGACUUCCGCGUAAGAAGCCGUGGUCUUCGGCGGCAGAUGUGGUGGAAGAAUGUUCGAGUCAUGGCGUUGCUCAUCGUCGUGGUCAUUUUCUUACUCUACCUGUUCGUUGGCUUUGGCUGUGGGCUUCCUGCUUGGGGCAAGUGCAUAGGCUGA